CAUGACCACCACCCAAUGGCCCAAAUUCUCAAAAGGAGGCAAGAGAAUUCACCUCCACUCAUGCAAGCGCAACUCGCGCUAGACGGCCGAAUCUGACUCCGAUCUCGCUGUAUAAUUCCUUCCCGGAUUCUCAGUCCCAUCGCGCGUUCUAGGGUUAAAAUCUACAAAUCCCGCUGUCUAAUCUCUUAUUUUUACCUCGUAAAACCAAUUUCAACUUAAUAUCAAGCGAUCGAAAUUGGUUUUUACCUCUCCGUCUCUCUACGGAAUUCCAUUUCUUCACGCUGGAUACCGCCAUGGAUAGGGGUCGCAAGCGCUCUGAGGUCGCCGAUCAGUUACCCGCCGAUAAGCGGGCCUGCAGCUCUUCUGAGUUCCGCCUCGCUACCGCCGAUGUGGUCGCUGCUGUCUCAGCCUCAUCCACCUCCUCUAUUCCGCCGCCUCUAUCAUUCGAGCAUCCCGAUUGCGACAUGGAGUCCUCCUCCUCGGGCCGUGGCGGCGGCGACUCAGCGUACGGUUCAUGCGAAUCCGAUGACGAUCCCCUUCAUCAUCAGCCUCGUGCUGGUUGCGGCGCUAGUAGGGGCAAGUUUCAGAGGAUAAUCUCUGUUCUCGACUCCGAAGACGCUGGUCCGUCGGUGCAACUCGCGUCACUGACGGAAUUAUGUGAGGCGCUGUCGUUCUGCAUGGAGGAUUCGUUGGGUUACUUUCCGGUGGACAACGCAUUGCCUUUGCUCGUGAAACUUGCGGGAAGCGAGGGAAAUCCGGACGUAAUGCUCUUGGCAAUCCGAGCGAUCACUUAUUUGUGCGAUGUAAUGCCGAGGUCGGCGGAUGCCAUUGUACGGCACGGAGCAUUGCCGGUGCUAUGUGGCCGGCUGCUCUCGAUCGAGUACUUGGACGUGGCUGAGCAGUCCUUGCAAGCAUUAGAAAAGAUAUCUCGGAAGCAACCGGUGCCCUGUUUACAAGCAGGGACAGUAAUGGCUGUCUUGGGUUUCAUAGACUUUUUCUGCAUAAGCGUGCAGAGAGUGGCUUUGUCAACGGUUGCAAAUGUGUGUAAGAAGCUUCCGUUGGAUUGCUCUUCUCUUGUCCUGGAGGCUGUUCCUAUUAUUUGCAAUAUUCUGCAAUACGAAGACUACAAGCUUGUAGAAACAGCUGUUACCUGUUUGAUAAGGAUUACAAACAGUUUCAGUAAUUCCACUGAGAUACUUGAUGUGCUUUGCAAGCACGGGAUGAUCGGCAAAUCUUUGCAUUUGAUUACUGUUGAUGGUCGGACAACACUUAGUCAGCCUGUUUUUGUGGGCUUGAUCGGGCUUCUAACAAAUAUGGCCACUACUUCUCUUGUGGCUGUCCGAACUCUUUUAGAAGUGGGUGUAAGUAGCAGUUUGAAGAGAAUAUUGGUAGCUUCAGGACUUUCUCAUGGAAGUACUUACACUUUCCCUGAAGGAAUUUAUAGCAAUCAGCUGGUCCUUGAAGUCCUAAAGUUGUUAUAUCAUAUUAUGCCAUCCGCAGCACGGGAUGAUGAAAAUAUUCAGCCAUUUCUGGCCAAGGAAAAGAUUCUUGAGGAACAACCUAUGUACUUGUAUCAGCUCUCGACCGAUAUUCUUCCUGUCUUAAUUGAGGUCGUUAAGUCUGGUGCAAAUUUAAGCGUGUGUUAUGGCUGUCUUUCUGUGAUGAUCAAUAUCAUUUAUUUUGGCACAGUUGAUAUGCUUCAAGACCUUGUAAAGAACUCAAACAUUUCAAGUUUUUUAGCCAGCUUGAUGGCACGAAAGGAUCGUCAUGUGUUGGUUUCUGCUCUCAAGAUUGUCGAGCUUCUCAUGCAAAAGUUUUCAAGUGUGUGUUCAAGCUCUUUUAUUAAGGAGGGUGUUGUUUAUGCUAUUGAAGUAUUUUUGGAGCACGAAACCCAAUUAGUGUCUUUAGGUCAACAAUCGGAUCAGCAAGAUAAUCAGAUGUCUCUAAGAGAUGUUCCAAGGUGCUUGUGCUAUAUAUUUGAUCCACCAAAUACAUCUACAUCAGAAAGAAAGACCUGCAGAGUUGGAAAAGAUGCUGUUCUCUCUUUAGCAAAGCACAUUAAAGCUGCCUAUUUCACAGGUGAAUCUGUGAACUGUGAAAUAGGUGUAAGUGAGGUUUUGAAAAAACUUAAGAUCAUGUGUUCGACGCUCAAUGAAAAUGUAGAUCAAUCUUUAUCCAAUGAUGGUUGUGCUAAAAUUGAAGAAUUGUCUCAAUUGUUAGGUCAAGUUAUGGCAGACAUUAAUUUUGGUGAGGCCAUCUCUAGUUUUGAGUUUGUUGAGAGUGGGGCCGUAAGAUCCCUGCUUCAUUACUUGUCUAAUGGUCGAUAUCUCAACAAAUCUUUUUCUCAUUGCAUGCGGCCAAGUCACUGCCUUGCCAUUCUGAAGAGGCUUCAAACAUUUACUGUCGUUUCUUUGUCUAAAACUGGACAUAGCUGGGAGGAUAUGCUUUUGGCCUUAUUAAUACGAAAGUUGCAGGAUGCAUUGACAUCUUUUGAUAAUUUUCCUGUGAUUGUGAGCCAGUUUUUUAAAUCGAGAAAUAGUUAUUCUGAUAUCCCAACAAGGCAUUCUACACUGAAUCCUUGCUUAAGAGUACGAUUUGUGAGAGAAGAUGGGGAGUUCAACUUAUCUGAUUACAGUGAUGUUGUUUCCAUUGAUGUUUCUUCAUCAUUUGUCACUAUUGAAGAUUAUCUGUGGCCCAAAGUUGGUGCAAGCAUGAGUGGACAAAUACAAGAACAGAACAGAAAGGAUGUAACCACAACUUCUGCUGCUGUUUCUAGUUUUAGAUGCUCAGAAAUAAAUGUUCUCGAAGUAUCGUGCUCCGAUAAUCAGCACAUACCAUCGGCAAACUUUGUGCAGGUUAACCAAGAGCAACAAACUUCACUGGAGGACACCAGCAUGAAACUUAGAGAGAUGAUGACAGAGAGCAUCUCUAAUCCUCAAUCUUCUUGUGAUGGGCAUGCCAAAGAUUGUGAGAUUUUAUCCCCAAGCAACGGUGAUGCAAUACCUAAAUUGAUAUUUUCUAUAGAAGGGAGAGAGAUAGAUCGGUCAAUGACUUUCUAUCAGGCAAUUUUACAAUUCCAAUUAAAUGCAGAACCAGAUUUGGUUGUUGGUCCAAAAUUCUGGAGUGAAGUUUACCAAGUGUCAUACAGAAAAGCUGAACAAAUUACUACCCAAUCCCACGCAUCUUGUUGUGAUUCUCAGUCAUUUCUUUUCCAGGAAAAAGCUGGAUACCCCUGGCACAAGCUUUCAUUCAUUUCCAGCUUGUUGCUUGCUGAGCUACCUUGUAAGCUGGACAAGGCAAAUCCAUCUUAUGAUUUAUUGUUCAUGAUGAAAAUCUUGGAGGGCUUGAAUCGUUUUUCAUCUUUUUUGCUGUCCCAUGAAAGGAGCAUAUCACUUGCUGAAGGGAGAAUAGAAAAUUUGGGUGAUUUGAAGGUUGUUGCCCCCUCAAUUCCACAGGCUGAGUUCAUUAGCAGUAAAUUGACUGAUAAGCUUGAACAACAAUUGCAAGACCCUCUAACAUUAGCUACAGGUUGCAUGCCAUCUUGGUGUGACCAAUUAAUGAUGGCUUGUCCUUUCUUAUUUUCUUUUGAGGUUAGAUGGAAGUACUUUCGCCUUAAAACGUUUGGCUGUAAAGUUCAGCUGAAUCAAAUGCAGCUAGCAAAUACUUCUGGUUCUAGUUCUGUCACUGAUCGACGGCCAGCUUCUGGCUGGACUUACCGCAAAAAGUUUAAGGUUAAACGAAGCGACAUAUUUGGAUCUGCUGAAAAAAUGAUGGCUUCUCAUGCUCAAAGUAGGGCUGUUAUUGAAGUGGAGUAUGAAGAAGAAGUUGGCACCGGCUUAGGUCCUACUAUGGAGUUUUUUACAUUGGUCAGUCAUGAAUUUCAGAAAGAUGGCAUGGGCAUGUGGAGAGGGGAAAGGCAUUCUUUAAGUGAUUUACAAACAAACCAAUGUUCUGAAGAAUCAGCAUUUGUUGUUGCACCAUUGGGACUCUUUCCUCGCCCUUGGUCUGCAGGAUCUUCUGUCUCAGAUGAUAGACAGUUUUCUGAUGUCUUAAAGAAGUUUUCCGUUCUUGGUCAGCUAGUUGCGAAGGCUAUUCGAGAAGGGAGGAUUCUGGAUAUACCAUUCUGUAGCACAUUUUAUAAAGUUAUACUUGACCAGGCACUCGGAAUCUAUGAUAUCCAGUCAUUUGAUCCUGAGCUUGGAAGGACCUUGCUGGAAUUCCAAGCUCUUUCACAUAGGAAAAGUUUUUUGAAAUCAGCUUCUAGUCAAAAUUUUGGGCAUGCAUCUGAUUUAAGCUUCCGGAAUACAGCAAUUGAGGAUCUGUAUCUUGAUUUUACUCUUCCUGGAUAUUCAGACUAUCUUCUUUCUUCUGCAACGAACUCCAAAAUGGUAAAUAUUGACAACUUGGAGGAGUACGUUUCACUGGUGGUUGAUGCAUCUAUAAAAGAUGGUAUUUCCAGGCAAGUGCAGGCAUUCCAAUCAGGUUUUAAUGAGGUAUUUCCAUUGAAAUCUCUUCAAAUAUUUACCGAACAUGAGCUUGAACGGGUCCUUUGUGGCGAGCAAGGGACAUGGACUUUCUCGGAGUUGUUGGACCACGUCAAGUUUGAUCAUGGUUACACAGCCAGUAGCCCACCUGUCAUAAAUUUUCUAGAAACAAUUCAAGAAUUUGAUUGCAAUGAACGAAGAGCUUUCUUGCAGUUCGUAACAGGCGCUCCUCGGCUUCCUCCCGGGGGUUUGGUGGCAUUGAAUCCUAAGCUGACAAUUGUUCGCAAGGGUUAUGGCUGUGAAGUUGACAUGGACUUGCCAAGUGUAAUGACAUGUGCCAACUAUUUGAAGCUCCCGCCAUACUCUUCAAAGGAAAGAAUGAGGGAAAGGUUACUAUAUGCUAUAACUGAAGGACAAGGGUGUUUCCAUCUCUCCUAGGCUUCUCAGAUGAUGGUAUAUAUAAAUAGAUGUGCAAAUUGUAGUUAUGACAGAAGAAGCUUGCUGGUGUAAAUGGUGUAAAUCGUGACAGAAAGGUUGGUAGAAAUACAUGGAUUAUGCAGCCCAGAAUAUAUAUCUCAAGCCCUCGUGUACAGAGGGGACUAACCUCCUUCCUUUUGUGCAGGAUAAAAAUGUAAAUAGUAGUUAGGAUACAGGAAGCAAAUCCCUGAUGAUUUCCUAAGGAAAUGGUUUGGCAUGUAUUUAUAUAAGUAUAAUUGUUGUUGUUUUGUGACGACUGUGUUUUAUAGGUAUAUAUUGAUGGAGCAUGUGGCAUUGGUGAAAGAUUGGGUUGUGAUACAUUGAUGAUGAUUUAA